AUGAAGACCAAGGUGUCUAAUCCCCGCAAAAGAAGCAGGGUGGCUAUGCAGAGAACAAAACCCAGAGAUCUGCAGCAGGGCCUCUCACACAGUGCUGAUCCACUCAUUCAAAGUGUGAGACAACUACUGGAGGCUGGGGGAAAACAUCUGAAAGAUUUUGAGAGAACAGUGACAGACAAUCAUGCAGACUUAGGAAUAUUGCCUGUUCCCACCAGCCGAACUGAAAAAGCUCUUAACUCACAGGACAUUGAGCAGAAUACUUAUGAAGGUCUUACCUCAGUAGUGAGGAAUAAUUAUCCCUGGAUUGAGCGAUACUCCAGGCCUCCUAAAAAAAUUGUCAAAGCCAGCCUCAAAUUGUCUCUAAAUAACUACAUAUCCAGAACAAAACUCAACAGUAUUUCUGAUAAUAAAAGAAUAUCUAACAUUCCAAAAAAGACGGCGCCAAAAGCGAAGAAGGAAGCUCCUGCCCCUCCUAAAGCCGAAGCCAGAGUGAAGGCUUUAAAGGCCAAGAAGGCAGUGUUGAAAGGUGUCCACAGCCACACAAAAAAGAAGAUCCGCACGUCACCCAUCUUCUGGCGGCCCAAGACACUGCGACUCUGGAGGCAGCCCAAAUAUCCUCGGAAGAGCGCCCCCAGGAGAAACAAACUUGACCACUAUGCUAUCAUCAAGUUUCCACUGACCACUGAGUCUGCCAUGAAGAAGACAGAAGACAACAACACACUUGUGUUCAUUGUGGAUGUUAAAGCCAACAAGCACCACAUCAAACAGGCUGUGAAGAAGCUCUAUGACAUUGAUGUGGCCAAGGUCAACACCCUGAUUUGGCCUGAUGGAGAGAAGAAGGCAUAUGUUCGACUGGCCCCUGAUUACGAUGCUUUGGAUGUUGCCAACAAAAUUGGGAUCAUCUAUACAGUCCAGCUGGCUAAUUCUAAAUAUAUGUAUAUCUUUUCACCAUAUAUGGAAAAUCAGCAUCGAAGUUACUAUCCAAGGAUGCACAGAUCUUAA